CUGUAAAGGGGGCCCUAUUACUUUCACGGAUAUUAGGAUACUUUAGGAUAAUUGGUAUGACCUAUUAGUUCGAGAAAGUAGUUGGGAAGAUUUAUAAGUACAUACUCUCGAUCCGCUUUAUUGAACACAAAGGAAAUUAAAUGAAACAUCAAAUCAGGAAUGUCAAAAUUGUACACAGAUGAUUGUUUGGAAACAGUGAGAGAUGGAGAUGAAUCAACAUGAUAGUUUGAGGAUAAGCAAACUAGAAAACAAGAGUUUGUCUACAGAAAAGGCCGGGCAUAGGAGUCAUAAGGUCAGAGGUACAAGUUUUAAAACAAUGAAAUCAAGGCAAUGGUGCUUUAUAUACCUGUACAUACUCGUGUUUUCCACGUUGAUACAGGAAAACUCGUCUAAAGUAGUUAGAAUAGGUUGCCUGAUCGCUGGAAGCAGAGACUCACAGCUGUCAGCUCUGAAGCUUGCUGUGGAGUAUGUCAACACGAGACAACUCCUUGGUCCUGGUACAACACUGGAAUACAUCUGCAAUAACACGCAAUCAAAAACCUCAUUUGAAAUAUUACAGCUAGGUUGCUACCAGAGUGAGUUGGGAGUAAUGGCAUUUAUUGGGCUAGCAGGCUCAGGGGCACAUAAAGCAUUGUCUCCACUCUCGGAAGCGCUACACAUACCCCAGAUAGCACCAACUGCUACAAACCCUAUGUUAGCAAGUGAAGAUAAUUUUCCAUACUUAGUACGUCUGUCAGCUCCGGAUUCUGUCCAGAGUCAGGCCAUUGUAAGCCUUGUACAUCACUUUGGUUGGGAACAAGUAGCUAUUCUUACAUCUAACACUGACUAUGGAAUUCAUGGACUGUUGCAAUUUCAAUCCGAGGCUGCCAAGAGAGGUUGGAAGGUUGUCAGUGUACAACAGUUUGUGGUCACCAAUGAUGUCACACUUAACGCCACUCAUGAACUCAAUGUAAUCAAAGAGACAGGUGUACGAAUCAUCCUCCUGAACUGUGGGUUGUCCCACGCCAAGGUUGUCCUUCAACAAGCCAAAGAAGCAAACAUGACGGGAGCUGGAUGGGCUUGGAUUGCCACAGACGGGAUCACUGGAUCGGAGCACAAGUCAACUGCCCAGAGUGAUCUGUCCACGAAUCCUGUCUCAGACCAAUACCUGGGCAUUCUCGGGACAAAGCCUGCUGUAGGUCGUGGCUCCCUCUACGACAACUUCUACUCCGAGUGGAAGGCUCUUGAUCCCCUACAAUAUCCAGGGGCAGGACAUGGGUCGGAACUUAGUGCAUACAGUGGGCUGAUUGUUGAUGCCGUAUUAGCGUUUAGCUACGCCGUACAAAGCAUGUACAGCGAUCCCGCCAACGCUGGAGUGACCCAAACGUCUGUUAAGUGCCACGCCAACCAGGUUUGGAAUGAUGGAAGUACUAUGUUACGUUAUAUAUCCAGCAUUGAUGGUGACGGUGUCAAUAACAGAAUCGACUUCAAACAGUCGAGAAUUGAACCGGAGAUGCCAGUGUUUGAUAUUGUCAACUUGAAAGAGGAUGGGUGGCAUAAGGUGGGCAGUUGGGACAGUGUCAAUAGGUUGACAUUUACAAAUAAAGCAGAUAUAACUUUCCAUGGCAACAAACACACCGUCACUGAUUACGUCAGUGACCUUGCCAGUAAACAUUUAAUAAUUGUAACUAAGGAAGAGAAUCCAUUUGUUAUGUUUACCAAGGAGCCAGAAGAUCCAAACAAUAUUAAAGAUGAUGAAAUUGAAGGAUUUUGUAUAGACCUUUUGAAGAACCUUUCAUCAAGGAUAGGCUUUACUUACACGCUGAAGAGGUCGCCAGAUGGUAACUGGGGUGCUAAGAAUAAUGUUACAAGAAAGUGGAAUGGAAUGGCCAGAGAGCUUGUCGACAGGAAAGCUGAUAUGGUUGUCGCCUCUUAUACAAUCACCAACAUUAGAGAGAGGGAUUUUGACUUUACCACGCCUUAUUUGGACCUUGGGAUGAAAUUUCUCAUGAAGGAAGAACUGACUGAGGUACCUGAACCAUUCAAGUUCCUAAACCCCUUUAGCACCGAGGUGUACCUUUAUGUGAUCCUGACAACAGUCCUUGUCAGCAUUUAUACGUCAUUACUCAACAAACUUAGCCCGUAUGAUCAUCACGGUGGCUUUGUAUACGAUGACGAACCACCACCAAGCACUUUCCGAGGUGAGAGGGAUUUCCGGAGACAGCGUUAUAAAGACACCCAUACGUUGAGCUUUAUGAAUUCCUGCUGGCUAUCAAUAGGUUCAUUAUUGCAUCAAGGGGGUGCAGAGUAUCCACGAUCCCUAUCUGCGUCUCUACUACUGCAAGGAGGGGAGCAUUACCCUCGUUCCCUCAGUGCACGUAUAACGACUGUAAUGUGGUGGAUGGGGAUAGUGAUAAUAAUCCAGACAUACACGGCCAACUUGGCAGCGUUCCUUACAGCGGGCAGACUAAACAAUGACAUCAACUCCAUUGAAGACUUGGGAUCACAGACCAGAGUCAUAUAUGGAACCGUCCGAGGAACAUCUCCCCACCAGUUUUUCAUUGAUAGUAACAUUACGCUUUACAAAGAAAUGCAUGGAUUCAUGGAGGCCAAUGGAGGACUUGUUCAAAACACAGUCGAUGCUGUUGAAUGGGUCCGCGAGGGAAACUAUGCAUUUAUUUGGGACGAUGUAGUGUUGGAUUACAUCGUACAAAACAGGCCAUGUAACACUGUUAAAACAGUUGGCCGUCUAUUUGGAAAAAUAGGAUACGGGUUUGCCCUACAGAAGAAUUCUCCGUACAAACAUGAGAUAUCAACACACAUAUUGCAGCUUCGAGAGAUGGGCUACAUGGAUGAACUAAAAAAGAAAUGGUAUGAGGAUAGAAGCGAUUGUUUCGACACAUCAUCCGCUGAGAGCGAAGACAAUGCUGAACUGGCUGCUGCUGGGGGCAGAAUGGGUAUUGAGCAUAUGCUGGGAGUGUUCUUCAUCAUAUAUGGAGGUCUUGCCCUCAGUCUUGUUGUGUUAUUUUUUGAGUGGAUAAUUGCCUCCAUAGCAGUUAUAGGAAAGUUGAACAUGGAACACCAGGGUCCCAAGACAUUCAAAGAAGCACUUACACUUAGGUUCAGGUUGUUACGUCAAGACAUGAAAGAGGAUUGGCUACCCACAAUUCCAUAUUGCUUCAGAAGAGGCGACAAACAUAAACAGUCAGAACAAGAAGAACUAAAUGAGAUUAAUAAAGAAUAUAAAGCGUAUCAAUUCAAAUCCCAAAUAAGCCUUAGGUCAAGUUUCAAUAAAGCAAUGCUAUCAAUGACCAAAGUAAAUUCAUCAUCAACGGAUCAACUUUUGAGAAAUACAUCAAGGGCGUCUUUGCAAUCAUGUAACCAUUUAACCCCGUUAUCUCCGAGACAGUUGUCUCCAAGAAAUAUCAAAUGUGCCAAAAGACAAAAUGGUUACCCUCAAUGGGACGACUCACAAUCAGACGACAAUGAAAAACAGUCAAACAUAGAUCAUAAAGACAGAAGCAUAGAUGGUAGCAUGAAUGAUCUUACCAAUGAAGCAGUAAAAUACAUUCCUUGUGAGAAUGAAGAUUCAACAAGUGCUGAUUAUUCAGCUAAAGACAUAAAAGAUGAGUAUCCAGAUUUUGAACCUCCAUUAUUCCGUACAGAAAGUUCUGGGACUCUCACAUCAAGCGAUACAAAAAGCUACAGAAGCAGCAAUGUUAUUGGAUCUAGCAUAGAUAUUGAAAUUGAUUCAAAGAACAAUUCCAGACUCAGCUCUGCCAGCACUCUAAGGAGAAAGUUAUCAUUUCCACGAAUGAUGAACAAAGUUCAAGCACUUCCAGAACAUGAGCAUUUUCACCACGACUUUGAUUAGUUUUAUGAAUUACCGAGCUCAAAAGCAAUGCCGUUUUUCAGUUAACUCUGCUAUUCAAUCACAGACAUACACCAAUGGGAUACCACUAUGUAACCUUUACUUACGUAAUAUUGCUUGGGACCUCCCGAGGCUCGAUGGAAACCGGUGAGACACGCAGGGACUUUGCCCCAUUUGUGUAUGUUGGGCGGUUUAUGUUUUAAUGUCAGUCUAAUUAUCAUUACCCAUGACCUCAGUGCAAUUCUCAGGAAAAAUAGUGUACGUUUAAAAACAUUCAAAUAAACAUCAGAAUAAGUUGUAUCAGAAUAUCUAAACCGACUCUUUUGUACUAAUAAAUGGUCCGAAAAUAAACAAGAUAUUUGUUUGAUACAUACUAAAACAUUUUGAAAUAGAAACCAAUACUUAUAUAUUAAAUAAAACUAGCCUCAACCUAAAUUAUAAUAAGACCUUAUAUCUAGUGAUCUUAAAGUUAGAAUCAGAAAUACAAGGAGCGACUUUGAAGUCAACAUACCCUCUGUAAAGAAAAAAUGCUGCAUAGUCCUCUAUCAGUCAUAUUUUCUAUUUUUCUGUAUUAUCAUACUAAACAUUCAGAUGUACAAUGUAUAUAUAUUUGGGCCAAAUGUAGAAAAUUUCGUCAAAGAAUUUCGUAAAUAUGGUAAAAAGUUACAACUGAUUGAAUAGAACAACUCACAAAAUUGUGAGUGUGAAUUUUUACCAUAAAUUGACGUCAUAAAUAUGAGAAAUUCAAUAUCCAGCAAUGUGUUCAGUAAGGAGAUCUUGUGAGAUAUUUUCAAUUUUCAGUUAAGUUUAGAGCAAUAAAUAAAACUUUGUAAAAGUCGGUCGAUAUAACGACAGCAGUCUGAUAACUAACCAUUUUGUGAAAGAAUUUGAGGUAAUAUUCUCCUCCUCGGUUCAAAUUUGGGGUAGGGGUAACAUUUAUAACAAUAAACUUGAAAUUAUAAGAUAAUUAUAACCCCUUAUAGCCUUUCACAAUCACCCAUGUCAUAAAUCUUUAACUUAGCAUAUGCAUUCCAAAAUUUCUAACUUUUUUAAAUUUUGAUUUAAUUUUUUUUUAAUUUUCACCAGUUCUUCACAAUAUGUAUAAAAUACCUCUAAGAGUUUAGUAUGAUUAUACAAAAUAUUGAAAAUGUUAUGAUUUGUAAAGGACCGUGGACCUUUUAUCUUUAUAGAGGGUAAAUGAUUUUGAAUCAAUAUGUCGUUUAUUUUGUUUGGCAGCGUUUUCGAUUUUCUGAAAAUAUGAAUGACAAGGAUGUAUAUGAUGUGCCAUAUAUAGGGUGAAAUGUCUUACAUAUACACAAUACAUUUGUUAUGAAUUUGUUAUUUAUACCUGCUAAAAACUCAAUCUACAUUAAGUAAAUUAAUAAUACAAAAAUGAUAUCAAAAUCCUUACCACAAUUAUCCUGAUUAUAUGUUUACC